UUGCCAUCUAGGACUCCAGAAGAUGUCAAAAAGCACGCUGUAGCGUCGCUGAGUGUAGCACCUGUGGGCAAUGGACAUCACGGCAGAGAUUUCUACAAAUACUUCCUAACUACGUACCCGGAAAAUCGCAAAUUCUACAAGGGAGCCGAGAACUAUGGAGAGGAAGACAUCAUGAAAAGCGAAAGAUUUGAUAAGCUUGGAGACGCUAUUCUGUUGUUUGUUCAUGUUUUAGCCAACACAUAUGACAAUGAACCAGUAUUCCGAGCUUUCUGCCACAGAGUCAUGCUUGAGCACAAGGACAGGGGCAUUGACCCAGCUUUGUGGAAGAUAUUCUUCAACAAAUUUUGGAGAGGUUAUCUGGAAAGCAAAGGAGCUAAUCUGACCAAUGAGCAGAAGACCGCAUGGGACACUUUGGGUGCAAUGUUCAAUGAGGAAAGUCAAACUGCGUUGGCCAAGAUGGGACUUCCUCAUUUGAGCGCAAAGGAGAUUAAGAAGCAUGCCGUUGAGUCUCUUAGCGUAGCUCCUGUGGGAGAUGGACACCACGGCAGGGAUUUCUAUAAGUACUUCUUGACAACGUAUCCAGAGAAUCGUAAAUUUUACAAGGGAGCAGAAAAUUACACUGAAGACGACAUAAUCAAAAGUGAACGAUUUGACAAGCUCGGGGACGCCAUCUUACUAUUCGUCCAUGUAUUGGCCAAUACCUACGAUAAUGAACCCGUAUUUCGAGCCUUUUGCUACAGAGUCAUGCAUGAGCACAAAGACAGGGGAAUCGACCCAGAGCUAUGGAAGAUAUUUUUCGACAAGUUCUGGAGCGGUUAUUUGGAGAGCAAAGGAGCUACUCUAAAUGAUGAGCAAAAAUCGUCGUGGCACAACUUGGGCAUAAUGUUCAAUGAAGAAAGUCAAGCGGCAUUAGCCAAGAUGGGGCUUCCCCACGCCUAG